UCAAUGAAUACACCAGAAGUACAGAUGUUUCAAUAGAGGGUUUCUUCUGGUAUAUGCUUCUUUUAUAAUAGCGGGUUUGUUAAGGUAUGUAUGCUGCGAAAACAACAGAGAGAUGGAUGGUUUCUCCAGCCCGCGACUGGUUCCACUUGCAGGCCAGCUGCGAACGUAUCGCAGCUGCGGGACGGACGGGGGACGGGACGGGGCGUCCACUGCUCCUCCACUCCUCGCUAAAACAAUUCGCGCGAGAGUGACAGACAGAGGCGUCGCUCGGCCUCACCGCAGCGUGCCGCCCUCACCUGCUCGAUUUCCUUUUCAUUUCUGCAGCCCCAGCGGGCAUGCCAAGCACAAACGACGAACGCAGCUUCCACGUCUCUCCGCUACAUAUACGUGCGGGCGGCGCGGGGCCUCACGCCGCGCCGCCCACCCACGUCCGUCCAGAGCCAACCAUGAGGGGCCUGCAGGAGGAGUUCCGGGGCGGCGUGCAGGUGCAGCCGCCGGCGUCGUCGCACGGCGGCGGCGGCGGCGGCAGCGACGGUCGCGCGCUGUCGUGGUGGUCGGGCGACCCCGAGGCGAAGCGCCGGCGGAGGGUGGCCGGGUACAAGUCGUACGCCGUGGAGGCAAGGGUCAAGGCGUCCAUCCGCAAGGGCUUCCGAUGGAUCAAGGACCGCUGCACCGGCCUCGUGCGCCGCUACUGAGUACUGACCCGACGGCGGAGACGUACGUACGCCGGCCGGCCUCCGGCGAGGUUCUGCCGCGUCGUCGUGAUGUUAACCUUUUCGUGACCGUCCGUCCGUCGUUUUUCUGUUGUAAAUUUAAAGGCUGGUGCUGAGUUUGUGCUUCUUUCUUCUUUUCGCUAUACGUCUUCCUCCCUGAUUUCCUCGCAUGCUGCUGCCUGCAUGAUAGUUUCUGUGACUCUGUUGUUGUUCUUAUUAUUGCGGAUGCAAGUACAGUACGUAAUACACAUACACAAAACUAUUUUGGCGCC